CUGGCCCGGUGUCAUUUCCUCUUCACCCUGCGCGGGCCCCACCGCGGGGGAGGCGGGAGGUCGAGGCCACGGAGGGGCCGCGAGUGCUGAGGGGAAACAAGUUCAUCUGGAGCUGGACCCGGGAAAAGGAAUGGCUAUGGGUAACCAACACCCAUCCAUAAAACGGUUACAUGAAAUACAGAAAGAAGUCAAAGAGAUUGAACAGCAAGUGGCUGUCUUCAGCGGUCUGUCUACCGACCGAGAUUACAAGAAGUUGGAAAGAAGCCUUACGAAACAGCUUUUUGAAAUAGAUUCUGUAGACACCGAAGGGAAGGGGGAUAUUCAGCAAGCCCGAAAGCGAGCUGCCCAGGAAACUGAGAGGCUGCUGAAGGAACUGGAACAAAAUGCAAACCAUCCGCGCAGACUGGAAAUAGAGGCUUUGUUCAAGGAGGCGCAGUCACUUGUGGAACGCGAGAUCACAUCUUUUUACAAAGGAGGAAACUGUAUAAGUGAUGAAUUUGAAGAAGGAAUACAGGACAUUGUGUUGAGGCUUACCCAGGUGAAAACUGGAGGGAAAGUUUCUCUACGCAAAGCAAGAUACCGCACUCUGACAAAGGUAUGCGCUGUUCAGGAGAUUAUAGAGAGUGGCGUAAAGCAACAGCUGUCCCUGCCACUCUCUAAUGAUGCGCAUCCUUCUGUCUCCAAAAUUAACUCCGUAAUGUGUGAUGUGAACAAAGCCAGAGGAACUCUCAUUGCGCUUCUAAUGGGAGUGAGUAGUAAUGAUACCUGCAGGCACCUCUCCUGUGUGCUCACAGGCCUCAUUGCCGAUUUGGAUGCUUUAGAUGUCUGCGGUCGCACAGAAAUAAGAAAUUACAGAAAGGAAGUAGUAGAAGAGAUCAAUAAAUUGCAGAAAUACCUGGACUUGGAUGAAGAAGCAAAUUCUACUCAGGCUUAUGAUUUGGCCCAAAAUCAGUCCAUUCUGAAAAUAGAAGAGAUCCGUAAGAAGAUGAAGGAAGUUAAUUCUUUACUUUUAAAAACAGAGAAUGCUUCUGAUUUGUAUCUGGGAUCCAAAGCAGAGUUGCAGGGACUAAUUGCCCAACUAGAUGAAGUGAGUCCAGGGAAAAAUCCCUGUAUUAGAGAGGCCAGGAGAAGAGCAGUAAUUGAAGUUCAGACUCUUAUAACAUAUAUUGAUUUGAAGGAAGCGCUGGAAAAAAGGCAAAUGUAUCCAGAGCAAACUGCUGCUGAACAUCAGUCUCAUAAAGCAGUUUGGACUGUACUUGGAAACUUGUCUCAAAUUCAGCAAGAGGUGAUAUCAUUCGAUGGAAACAGAACGGAUAAAAAUUACAUGAGACUGGAAGAACUUCUUACCAAACAGCUUCUAGCCCUGGAUGCUGUUGAUCCGCAGGGUGAUCAGCGGUGUAAGGCUGCCAGGAAGCAGGCAGUAAAGCUUGCACAGAACAUUCUUUACUAUCUGGACAUGAAAACAGAUGAAUGGGAAUACUGAAACAGCCACGGCCUGACGCAGAACAUUUUUCCCUUUGGCACUUUAUGAAGAUCAUUGGAAGCACCUAAUAAAGUGUUCUGUGCUUGCUGAAAUCGUGGAGAUUGCAUAAGCAGUUGACUUGGCUAUAUGUCUGCUAUCCCACGCAGUCACCCACUUGCCAUGGCAACUGUCAGUACACCAUCAGCAAUUCUGGUCAUUGCUAUAAGCAAAGAAGUGCAAUUCCCUGAAGGAAUAGCUUAAUACUUGAGCAAAUAGCUUUUUUUUUCCUUCUGUUUUUCUUUCUUGUUUUUGUUUCAAUAGCCUUGUGCAAUGUUCAGUGAAUGCAGGUUUUUCAAAGACAAAGAAACUGCCUUAUGGUGCAGUACUGGCAAAACUAUUUAAGGAGACUGGACAUGAAAAUUAGUGUUCAGGCAUGAGGCUCCAUCCAGCAACUUCACAGCAGUCUGGAUGUACUGUUAAUGUGCUAUUAUGACAUAAAGUCUAAGGGCAAAAGCCUUCUGGCUUUUGGAUUGUACUUGAUUUAUUCCAUCCAUCAUACCAUCUAGAUUUCUCAGUUAAUGGAGCUAUAAUGCCAGCUGCAAAUUAGCAUUUACAUAGGCAAAGCCAAUUAUGUCAAAUUUUGUGAUAUGUGAGCCCUUUGAUUUGGAAAACCAGUUCUUUUGUUGGUGGAAAUUCUUUCAAGUUAUUGCUUUAAGGUACUGAGACUUGGAGAGGAAAAUCUAUAUGUUUAUACCAGACAGAUAAAGGGGAUUUCGAGGAUUUCAAACUGUCAGCCAUAAACCCUUGAAAACUGCACUGAACUUUAUUUAGUGGCUGCUUAGGUGUCUUUUUAAACUCUGCUGUUGCAUCUGGUUUACACACUGGGGAAAAACAUAAACAGAGUUCACUUUGAAGUGAAAUGCGCAUUUUGGAAUUAUUUUUGUAAAAUUAAGUAGCCAGCUAUAAAGAUGUCCCUAAUGAUGUAAGUGUGUGCUACAUGGUCAGGUGUGGCUUCAAGCAGGUCUUGGAAAGACUUGUGGCAAAUGUGUCUCUUUGCAGCUCAUUCACUUAAUUGUUUCAUUAGCUUUGUAAAUAAGCUUGCUUGUACUGUUGUAUGCACCUACCUUUUUAUUUGUAGCUGCUAGUGCCAAUCACAUUUCUACUACGGCAUGUUUUUUGGCAUUUUUGAGAGCAUGGCAUUAAAAUGAUUUAAGUAUAUAUAUAGAUACAUAUAAAGCAUAUAGAUACAUAUAAAGAUAUGUUCAAUUAUGGAUCAUUUGCACUCAGCUCUUUCAGGAUGAACUAAGGAAUUAUUGUUCUAUAGAUGAUGAUUUGCACCACUUUAAGGAGUAAAAAACAUUUUGGAUGUUACAAUAAAUAUUUUUAAGAUCUAUUUUAGACUGAUUAGAGAAGACAGUACUGUGUGAGAGACAAGUGCCUUUAUGACACUGCUAACUUGCACCGUCCUAUGUAGAUACAGGAGCUCUUUACUGGCAGCUUGAUACAUUUGUAAUUUUUGCAAACUGGAUUUUUCAGGUAAAUAUCUAAUUCUGCUGUAGUAUAUGUUAAGCUAGUAUAAUACAAUAGGUGACAGUUGCCCUAUAGAGUCCUGAGAAUGAGUAUCAAAUUUGGGAAAUACGUAUUCUGCUUAAAAACUAAAGCAUUGGUGUGGAGGUGGGGGACUUUGGGCAGGUCUCUUGUGCCUAUUGCUACAAGAAUAAUAUGUUUGUUCAUAAUUUACUAUGAGAUGUUGAUUGAAGGUUGCAUACCUUCAGAGUGUGAAUAGAUUUUGUUUGUGAUUGUACAGGUGAUUGCUUUGCAAAUCUACUUGCCAAAACCGACCUAAUUGAGUACAGUGCCUAAGGCACAAUUUGGCAAUGACAGAAUGUUUGUUGGAGGAUUCUUCCUGCUCCUUCAGAGACACAACCGCAUUAAAUUUAACUUCCUUCACUAAAAAAAAAAAAAAAAAUCC